CCCGAGCUGCUGGCAUGGAUCCAGCACACCAUCACCAUCAUCAGCAACCAGAAGUUUGCCAACUCCCUGGCCGGGGUCCAGCAGCAGCUCCAAGCCUUUACCGCCUUCUGCACUCUGGAGAAACCCGUCAAGUUCCAGGAGAAGGGGAACCUGGAGGUGCUGCUCUUCACCAUCCAGAGCAAGCUGCGGGCCAACAACCGCAAGCUCUACGUGCCCAGCGAGGGGAAGAGCAUCUCCGACAUCAACAAGGCCUGGACCUGCCUGGAGAAAGCCGAGCAUGAGCGGGAAGUGUCCUUGCGCAAUGAGCUCAUCCGGCAGGAGAAGCUGGAGCUCCUGGCCCAGCGCUUCGACCACCAGGCUGCGACGUGGCUGAACGAGAACCAGCGUCUGGUGUCGCAGGACAACUUCGGCUAUGACCUGCCAGCAGUGGAGGCCGCCAUGAAGAAGCACGAGGCCAUCGAGGCCGACAUCUCCUCCUACCAGGAGCGCAUCCAGGUGGUGGUGGAGUUGGCCCUGGAGAUGGAGUCCGAGGGCUACUACGACACCAAGCGCAUCAGCGCCCAGAAGGACAACAUCCUACGGCAGUGGGGGCUGCUGGCCGAGCUGGUCUGCGCCCGCCGGGCUCGCCUUGAGCAGAACCUGGCCCUCCAGAAGAUCUUCCAGGAGAUGGUCUAUAUGAUCGACUGGAUGGAGGAGAUGCAGGUGCUGCUGGUCUCCAAGGAUUUUGGGAAGCACCUGCUAGAGGUGGAGGACCUGCUGCAGAAGCAUGGGCUGCUGGAGGCCGACAUCUCUGCGCAGACCGAGCGGGUGCAGGCACUCAACACCGCUGCCCUCAAGUUCUCAGAGCUGGAGGGCUACCAGCCCUGCGACCCUCAGAUCAUCUGCAACCGGGUGAACCACGUCCAGACGUGCCUAGAGGAGUUGGGGGAGCUGGCGGGCAAGAGGCGCAAGGAGCUGGAGGAUUCCCGCCAGCUCUGGGCCUUCUUCCAGGAGAUGGAGGAGGCCGAGGCGUGGAUCCGUGAGAAGGAGCAGAUCCUGGCCGCCAAAACGUGCGGCCGGGACCUGAGCAGCGUGCUGACGCUGACCAGCAAGCACAAGACAAUGCUGGGCGAGCUGGGCAGCCGGCGGGCACUGCUGCACCAGACCAUGAAGCGAGGGGAGCAGAUCCUGGCCAAGAAGCGCUUCAGCCCCGGCGGGAUCCAGGAGAAGAUCCGGGAAGUGCGCCUGCGCUGGAAGAAGUUGGAGGAGGUGACGGGGCUGCACCAACAGCGGCUGCAAGAGGCCCUGAACUUCUUCCAGUUCAGCGCUGAGACGGACGACCUGGUGGCCUGGCUGCAGGACACCUACCGCAUCGUGUCUAGCGACGACUUCGGCCAUGACGACUACUCCACCCAGGCGCUGCUGCGGAAGCACCGUGGCGUGGUGGAGGAGGUGGAGAAGCACCGGGCGGCCGUGCUGGCCCUCCGCAAGCAGCUGGCACUGCUGGCGCCUGUCUGUAUUGAUGAGAAGGAGCAGGGGCUGGAGAAGAUGGAGGUGCCGGAGGAGCUGGACGACGUGGAGGUGGUGCAGCACAGGUUCGAGAGCCUGGACCAGGAGAUGAACAGCGUCAUGGGCCGGAUCCUGGAUGUGAACCAAGUGGUGCAGCAGCUGGUGGACGGGGGCCACCCCAGCGCGGACGAGGUCUGUUCCUGCCAGGACCACCUCAACAGCAGGUGGAACCGGGUGGUGGAGCUGGUGGAGUGCAAGAAGGGGCAGCUGGGCGCCGUCCUCAAGAUCCAGAACUACCUGCUGGAGUGCGGGGAGAUCAAGGCGCAAGUGCGGGAGAAGCGGAAAGCCAUCGAGGCGACACAGUCGGGCGGCAGUGACCUGGGCGGCGUCCUGGCCUUGCAGCGGCGCCUCUCCCCCAUGGAGGCGGCGCUGGGGGUGCUGGAGGUGGAGUUCAGGGAUGGACGCACAUGCUUCCAGCCCCUGCUGGGACCCCCAAGGCUCCCCCAGACCCCUCCCAGCUUGGACUCCAUCCCUCACCCUCCAGGAGUCCACCCUGGCCCACGCCGAGCUCCCUGA